AUGCCUCCACCGAUAAUUCCACAGGAAAACAUUGAAAAUGCUCUAAGGAAUAUCGUACCACGCAUACAACAACAUGUUAAAUCUCAAAUCAAUGCCUCGCAAAACACUCCAUUUGUUCUGGGGUUAACUGGUCUCCAAGGCAGUGGGAAAUCCACCUGGACCGACGCCCUGGUCCAGUCUCUCAACGAAAUACAUGGCUACAAGACCGUCAACAUCUCCCUCGACGAUCUUUAUCAUGACCAUGAUGAGCUUGUGCGAAUACGGACAGAAAACCCAUCCAACAAACUCCUACAGACGCGUGGUCAGCCUGGGACGCAUGAUACCGAGCUCUCGACCGAUACUUGGAUCCCAUCUUUUGACAAGAGUCUAUUCAACGGCGAAGGUGGAAGAGCAUCGGAAGAGAAGUGGCAUCGAAUUCCCGCUGGAACCACGAUCGACGUGAUUGUUUUCGAGGGAUGGUGCGUUGGAUUCUCACCCCUUGACGAGGUGGAUGUUCAACGGCGAUGGGGCGAAACGACACAAAAAGGAGAUUCAGUGAAAUAUCCAACUGAAACUUUGAAGGAGCAUUCGGUUGAGAAUUUACUGCGUGUGAAUGAAAAUCUGCGUCAAUACUACAACCUGUUCAUGGGACCACGACAUUUCGAUUAUCUCGUUCAUCUCGACACGGACGACCUGGUGAAUGUGUAUGAAUGGCGGAUACAGCAAGAGCAUGCACUUCGCGCGAGGACCAAUAGCGGAAUGACUGAUGAAGAAGUUGUGAGGUUCGUUAAAGGAUAUAUGUCUGCUUAUGAGCUGUAUUUGGAUCAACUGCGGAAGGGGUUCUUCCAACUUGAUCAAUUUUGCAUUGAUAAGGGACAGCUCCGAGUGGUUUUGGAUCAACAGAGAAAAGUGACUGAGAUGUUAACCUUUCCUUGA